UGUUGGUAAAAAAAACGGAUGGUAAAAAACAGCCGUUUUAGAUUUGUGCGGUUUUAAUUCGGAUACUUCGGAUCCAAUUACGUUAAAGGUGCAACUACAGCUGUUUUAUCAUAAAUAUAUAUAUCCAAAAAUACGCAACAAACAAAAUAACGAGGGUGCAUUUACAAAUAGUCUUCAGGAUCUUGGCCAUUUAUCCAGACGUCCAAAACAAUGGCGUUGCUACUCCGAAUAUUUUGUGUCCUUCUAAGUUUAACCAUACUUAGUCUUGCAUUUGCAUCUUCCGUUUCAAAUUUGGCAUCGUCCACCACUGGGAUUGUCUCAUCGAAUGAAAACGAUGAUGAAUAUCUCACACAACGAGAGAAUAUAUUGGAAAAAUCUUAUCACGGUUUGAUUCGUGAAAACGAGACUUUAGUGGAAAUUACGCCGUUAAUUAAAGUAGACGAGGAGAAAAUCUGUAACUUUCGCAUUCUGAAGAAGCCAUACCAUGAAAUACCAUUUCAGAUUGAGUUAGUAAACAAUUUGGGUAUCUUGAAGGCGCGUCGUACGCUGAACUGUGAGAAGAGGAAGAGCUAUCAUUUCGAGAUUGUGGCCAUAUACUGCGAUGGAACGCCAUCGAAUACAGCAAAUGUGCAUAUAACGGUCAUCGAUAUUAACGAGUAUGCGCCGACUUUCUUGCAGCCGUCCUAUGUGACCGAAGUGGAUGAGGGCCGUCUCUAUAACGAAAUAAUUCGCGUGGAGGCAUCGGACAAGGAUUGCACACCGCUGUUCGGCGACGUUUGCAAAUAUGAGAUAUUGAACAAUGAUGAACCUUUCACCAUCGACAACGAGGGCUCUAUUAAGAACACCGAGCCGUUGUCCCACAAGGCAUCCCACAAUCACAUUCUCUCUGUAGUCGCCUACGAUUGUGCCAUGAAAGAAUCAACACCCAUUAUGGUUAGCAUUAAGGUUCGUCGCGUGUGCGAAGCUAAAUUCUUGGGAAUUCCUGAACGUAUCGAUUACACCUCUGGCAGUACUGAGAGCCUUCAGCUUUUCCCCAAUGCCCGCCUCGACCUUUGUGACAUUUUUUGCAAUAGCGAAGAGCUCAACAUACAUGCAUCCAUUGCGCUUAAGACCAAGCACAUAUCAUUCGGAUGCGAUAGAGAUAUAUCUAACUGUUCGGCAAGCCUUACAUUAAAGGACCUGCUCCCACGAGACGUGGAAUGGACCAAGGAAUUAAGUUACGAUGAGGGUGCAGAGCCUAUAUUUCACUUUGAUGGGUCGACCGGCGUCGUUGUUCCUGAUACACUGAUUGGUCGCCAUGACUUCUCCACCCAUCCGUUUGGUAUUGUCACCAUAUUCCGUCACGGCAGCCAGAUCUCGAAUAAUAAGCAUGUGAAGGAGCACAUAGUUUGCAGCGCCGAUGAUCACAAAAUGAAUCGUCAUCAUAUGGCACUUUUUGUGCGUAAUUGCCGUCUGAUUUUACUGCUUCGCAAGAACUUCAAUGAAGGCGAUCUCAAUAUCUUUAGUCCCGCGGAAUGGCGCUGGAAAAUUCCACAGGUGUGCGACAAUGAAUGGCAUCAUUAUGUGCUGAAUGUGGAUCAGUCGUCUAAGGUUGAGCUCUAUAUCGAUGGUGUACGCUUUGAGAGCUCCGUUGAGGACCGUCACAGCAACCCAGAGGUGAUCGAUGACUGGCCACUGCACGCAGCUCACGGUGUCAAUACAACCUUGGCGGUUGGAGCCUGCUAUCAGAGUUCCGAGAAUCGCCUCAAGCACGGCUUCAAUGGCGACAUUUCCGAGGUAAAGGUCUCGGUCAAUGGUGUGCUCUCGGUCGAUGACAUUAAAUGCGGCACCAGCUGUGCCGAGCAUUUGCUGCCUCCAACAGACACACGCCCUGAUUCCGAUUCUCAGGUUCAGUCCAAUGCACAAAUGAAUGAGAUCUAUAUUGAGGCACAGAGCAAGCAUAAAAUCGAGCAGUUGAUGCGUAAGAUUCAAUACAUCAAUAUCAAGCAGAGUCCCACUAUCGGUCGUCGCAAUAUUGAAGUUCGCACAACCAUGAUGUGCAUUAACCAGAGUGCUAUACGGCUGCCCACAAUUGAGACGUAUAUUAUGGUCAAUGAGCCAAUUGUUGCAGCAGCCAUAACAGAUUCAGCACCGCCUAGUGAUGCAGAUAAGCUUAAUUCGGCUACGAUGUAUGCCGUGGAGAAGGUCGACCCACAAAUGGACCAUGAGAAGGGUGUCCGAAAGCCGUCCCAAGAUGUCCAUGUUGAGGCCAGCAAGAUAACGAUUUCUGGCACAGCAAACAAACUGGUUUCGUAUCAAGAAAUCAAAUCGGGCGUCCACAUCUUAGAUAAAGUUCACAUUGGCGUGUCCGUUGACAACGAUCAUAAAGUAAUGUCCAAGGAAUAUUUGGACUCUUGCAGCGUUGUUGUGUUCCCCUCAUUGAAUCCCGACCAUGAGGAGAUAUUGAUUGACGGUGAUGAGUCGCUCUCCUCCACCAUGGAUAUUAAAACCAAUAUUAAUAAGGAUGGUGUCGAAAUGCUUGGAACCGAUUCCAUACGCAACUAUCUUAAUGUAUUACGUGCGCUGGUCUAUAGUAACAAAAAGCCAGCCUAUUAUCUAAACCGUGUGUUCAAAUUGUCUUGUGCACAACUUAGCUCACAAUUCAAGAGUGCCGAAUACACUCUAACCCUAACAGUACUACAUCCCAAACAAACUUUGUCCAAAACCACAAACGCUCCAUCUCUGGCUGGGGCUGCUGGAAAUUCCAAUUCUGCUGUUUAUCGCAUCAAUGAUCGUGUCUCCAAUGAUGAGAGUGGCGAUCAAGCUACUGACACCAAACUAUUUUCAUAUGCCAUGAUCCACACCAAUGACGUACAGGAGCCGAAAUCACAUGUGCACUCUAUUGUCCAUAAAGCGGAAGCAUCACACCCGACCAUGCUUAUUAUCCUAAUAUGUGUUUUCCUGGUCAUCUUGCUCUGUGGAGUUUCUAUUGCUCGCAUCAAAAACAAUCAGAAGUAUACAGAUCGACACCAGCCGUGCCCAAAGAUUGCCGAUGAGGGUUUGAUCUGGGAUGAUUCCGCAUUGACAAUUACUAUAAAUCCUAUGCAAACAGAUGCUGCAUCUGAAGAGAGUUCCGAUUCUGAGAACUCCGAUUCAGAAGAUGAUGAAGUUAUUAAAGAUGGAUUCGCCCACAUCAACAUAAACCAGCUUGAAUGGGACAACACCAACAUGUUUUCAACGGCAAAUUAAAAAUGGAUGCGAAAAUGAGUGCGAGCUUUGCGCAACUUUCUAUCCAAAACAACAAAAAGAAGAAGUUAAUAUUAAAGAAAAAAUAUGUAAAUGUGCUUUUUAAAUAUAAACUCAAAGAUCCAUAACAUAACAAGUAAUCCACAGAAUACCCCAGAGGGGAUCAGAAAAAGAAAACAAUUAAUUGAGUACAUUAACUACAUAUAUGCGAACCUUUUUUCGUUGAGAAUGUAUGUAUCUUAAAUACGUUACGUAUAUGUAUGUAUGUAGCAAGGACAAGGAAAACAACAGGAAGAUGCAGAUUUUGGCCAUGAAGCUGAUGGUGAUGAAGCUGAAGAUGACAAUUAAUCUGACGUUCGUGAAGAUGGUGAUGAAAUACAAAAGAAGAAAAAUUGGAGGGCAAGUGACCGCAAGUGACAGAAAGUACAUGUGUAAUCUGAUCUGAUCUGAUCUAAUCUGAGCCUAGCAGAGCCGAGCCGAGCCGGGCCGAACCCAGUCGGGUACCGGUACCCAGGGUUCGUUCCACAGUGUUCCACAGUGGCAAACAGAUUCUGUACACUAACUGUAACUAAGACAUAGUACAAUUAUACAAGACGGCGGUCGAGCCGGUGUAAUAAAUGACAUAUACACGUACAUACUACAUAAGAACAAAUCGGUAGAUUUUUAAGUUAGCGAAACAAAAACCAACAAGAACAAAAACUAAGAGAGAAGCAACAAAUUAACAAAAAUAAAACAAAACAAAAGCAAGUAUUGGUUUCCAUGCCAGAGCAGAACAUUAACAUGUAAAUCUGCAUAAAAAGAAUAUAACAACAACAACAACAUCCAUUGAAAGCUAAAAAUGCAUCCAAUUUAACAACAACAACAAAAAAAAAAUGAAAAGAAGAUUUCAAACAAAAGCAACAACAUCAGCCACAACAACAACAACAUCAAGAACAUCAAAGCCAAUGAUAUCCAGUUGUAGGGAGAAAUGUAAUUUCAUUUCAUUGUUUCGUUUGUUUUGCGUGUUUUUUUUAUUGCUCUUGUACUUACGAUGGUAGUCGUAUAUACAUAUAUAAUAUACACAUAUACUUACGUUUAUAUACUACAUGUGUGUGUACAUGCACGCAUACAUACAUACAUAUGUGUGUAUGUGUGUAUAAUGAGUGUACGCCUUUGCACACACAUAAGUUAGAUUUAAAGAGCUGUCCAUAUCUAUGUAUGUGUGUAUGUGUUUAGAAUCUCAAAAGCAACAUUUCGAAGCAAACUGAUUAAUCAAUCAAUUUGCACAUCUUCUUCAUUUUCUGUUAUCAUUUCAUUAAGAUAACCAAAAAAAAAAAAAGAAAAAAACGAAAAAGAAAUCCACAAAAAAACGAAAGCAAAAAGAAGAUCGAAGAUUCGAAUUUUGCUCAUUUGCCAUUGUUUUUCUUAAUUAGUAGUUGUAAUUAUAAUUAUUUCUUUUUUUUAAACAUAAUUUGUGAAUUAAAUAAUUAUUUUCUGUUAUGGGAAGUAAGGGUUUUAUUCCCCAGUUUGUAUUGUAAUCGUACUUUGAACUCUGCAACAAUAAAACUAAGCACUCCCGCUAGCGAUAAUACAUAGUAGCACAUAUCCUUUUUUAUUGAUUAGUAAGUAGGGCGGAUUGCAACAGUUGAGUCACGGCAUAGUGCUAAAUGGUGGAUCGGUGGAUCUGUCUAGAUUCAAGAAGCAUUUCAAGUUCAAGCUCAAGUUAACCUCAAAACUUAAAUAAUAACGGUGUAUAAGCUUGCACUUAUAAAUGAUAUGAUAAUAAAUAGUUUCGCAUACAGCUUCCGUCGGUCUGUUUUUGUAUCGAAGAAACAUAUCUAUGUACGAAUACUAACUACCUAUUCAAUCCGCUUAUAGGUAUAAUGCCUGCAUGAAGGAAUAUCAAAGCAUACCAAAACCGAUACCAAUCCAUUCUUUAACAACAUUUUGCUUGACACGGCAUUAUCCCAGUGGUUCUCUAUGUUUCUGCUGGCCCCAUUCUCUAUGGUGCUUUAUAGACGUCCUAUUAAGUUAGGUUUCUAAAGCAGUUAAUAAACUAUAGCAUACAACAUAUGUAUGUGUGUACCUACUCAGAUAUUUUAGUUCCAUAACGACAGCUAUUUAGUUGCAAAUCAUAUUUACCUACGAGCCGUUUCGGAACUGGUGAACUGGCGAGGAGAAUAAGUUAUAGAGAAAAGGUCUCACACAAUGGGGCCUCAAAAGCCGAGCUUCCCUACUUACUCAUAGAUAACAUAAGCACUAAUAUUCAGACCAUUACCCACUAACUAGACUUCUCCAAGGACAGCAGAAACAGAAACAGAGACGCCACGAUUAGUGCUCGUACCCCCAACCAUCGGAUCAUUGAUGGGAAAUUUUGUGUAUAUAAACAAAUAUAUUUAUAUUAAUAGAGCAACAAUUAAUAAAGAUGAAUAAAAUGAAAGCUCCGCCAAUCGAACUACAUUGUGGCUCAAUGAAAGUUGUGUUCCUUGUGAAAAGCCGCUUUCCAAAGCGCUUUAAUUUCGUCCAUAUUUAGAUCGUAUCGUAGUUCCAUAGAUUACCGCAGAAUGAUUUUUUGUAAUGUGUGAAGUCGUUGCGGGUCGCACGAAUACAAAUAUAAUAGAAAAAAUGAAAAACGAAAAACGAAAAAGUAAAAAUAAAGAAGAGUAAAGAAAAUAAACGGAGAAACAUUCCAUUAAAUGUAACGAAAAAUUAAUUGAAAUCUUAGUUUAUAUGUAUGUACAAAGUCAUGGACUUUCUGUUACUUCGGCUAUGCUUUGUUUCUACAUAUAGCAGAAGUGUUAUCCAAGCGCAAAGGCCCUAAAAAAUGGCGAAUAGGAUCAUUCCGAUUCCAAGGGCGGCAGCUAAGAGCAAAACAGACAACACACACACGCAUAAAUAUAUAAUAAUGUUAAUUACAUACAUUAUAAAGUAAAAAGUACACAAUUAAGUCAAAUAUACUUGUAUGUAUUGUAUAUAAACAAGGACGAAUUAUCCAGGACGUUAUGUGCGUGUAAUGCCCUAACUCCUGUUAAACGCACCUUCUAUAUACAUACAAUAUACGAGCAUACUAUAUCAUGGAGAAAUAAAUGCUUCUAAAUAUU